ACAUUUGCAAAACGUUUUAAAAUCCUGUUUUGAGGGGGAAAAUUAAUUGAAAAGAUUUUGGCCCAAGGCUGCAGAAUAAGAGAGCGAAGGCUUUCUGUGCAAACCCGGGUGGGCUCCGCGGAGUCUGCGCCGCGCUGUGUGAGGGUUAGGACGGGAGAGCGCGAUGGAGGUCUGCUGCCCUCUGGUGGACGGGCCUUCGACGUCAUUGGCCAUUUCAAGCCACUGCCUCUGAAAUGAGUGUGGGCCGCCAUUCUGUGGGGCCUGAAGCUGCCGUGCUGCAGUGGAGCGACUGGGCCGGAGCUCAUGGAUUAUAUAGUGCCUUUCAGAGCCCAGCUUGGCACCUACCAGUCCUUGUGGAAAGUGCUUGAUGUGUCCUUUGUGUAUUGGGGUAUCAGUGGGCACGAGUCUUCCAUAAGAGCAAACCGAGGCACCGUAGGGGGAUAUUUCCUUGCUGGACGAUCCAUGACCUGGUGGCCGAUUGGCGCCUCUCUGAUGUCUAGUAAUGUUGGCAGUGGGCUGUUCAUUGGACUGGCGGGCACUGGGGCAGCAGGGGGCAUUGCUGUGGGGGGAUUUGAGUGGAACGCAGCCUGGGUGCUCAUUGCCCUCGGGUGGAUUUUUGUGCCAGUCUACAUCGCAGCUGGUGUGGUCACCAUGCCAGAGUACCUGCGGAAGAGAUUUGGGGGCCAGCGCAUUCGAAUCUACAUGUCGGUGCUCUCCCUGGUUCUGUACAUCUUUACUAAGAUAUCGACAGACAUCUUCUCUGGAGCUCUCUUCAUCCAGGUGUCUCUCGGCUGGGACCUUUAUGUCUCCACGGUGCUCCUUUUGGUGGUGACGGCCAUCUAUACCAUCGCAGGGGGCUUGGCAGCCGUGAUUUACACAGACGCCCUUCAAACGGUCAUCAUGGUGGCGGGGGCCUUUGUCCUAAUGUUUCUAGGCUUCGAGAAGGUGGGCUGGUAUGAGGGACUGCAGGAGAAAUACAGCCACGCCUCACCCACCCUGACUGUGGCCAACACCUCCUGCCACCUGCCCCGAGCUGACGCCUUCCACAUGUUCAGAGACCCUGUCACGGGUGACCUGCCCUGGCCAGGGCUCAUCUUUGGACUUACUGUGCUGGCCACCUGGUGCUGGUGCACUGAUCAGGUCAUCGUUCAGCGCUCGCUGUCUGCCAAGAAUCUUUCCCAUGCCAAAGGGGGCUCCGUGUUAGGUGGAUACCUGAAGACGAUGCCCAUGUUUUUCAUUGUAAUGCCUGGCAUGAUCAGCAGAGCUCUUUUUCCAGAUGACGUGGCCUGUGUGGAGCCGGCAGCCUGUGAGGUCGUCUGUGGCGCCAGGGUGGGCUGUUCCAACAUUGCCUACCCCAAACUCGUCGUGGAGCUCAUGCCCACCGGCCUCCGUGGCUUGAUGAUCGCAGUGAUGAUGGCGGCACUGAUGAGCUCCCUCACAUCCAUCUUCAACAGCAGCAGCACCCUCUUCACCAUGGACAUCUGGCAGCGGAUUCGCAGAAAUGCCACUGAGCGCGAGCUCAUGGUGGUCGGCAGGGUGUUCAUCGUGUUGCUGGUGGUGGUCAGCAUUUUGUGGAUCCCCAUCAUUCAGACCUCCAACAGCGGGCAGCUCUUCGACUACAUCCAGGCCAUCACGAGCUACCUGGCGCCACCCAUCGCGGCUCUCUUCCUCAUGGCCGUCUUUUGGAAGCGGGUCAACGAGCAGGGGGCCUUCUGGGGCCUGAUGGUGGGCUUGCUGAUUGGGACCAUCAGGAUGGUGAUGGAGUUCGCCUACGGGGUCCCAGCCUGUGGCGAGGAGGACAGGAGGCCGGCGCUGCUCAAGGAUGUCCAUUACCUCUACUUUGCGCUCAUCCUGCUGUUUCUGACCGCCUUGGUCAUCACCGUGGUCAGCCUUUGUACCCCUGCCAUCGAGGAGCAGCACUUGGUCCGGCUGACUUGGUGGACGAGGCACAGCCAACUCCCACGGGUGCAGCUGGAAGACCCCUGGACUCUGCCCGUAUCUUCAAGCUCUGGACCUGAGAAGUCGGCCAACCCAGAAGAUAAAGAUGGGGGGCAGCCACAGCCAGAGCAGGAGGUGAAAGCCAUGUCACUCGGGAAGAAGCUGCUGUUCUGGUUCUGCGGCUUGUCCACGACAGCUCGUCCCACACUGACCCCCGAGGAGAAGGAAGCUUUGGACAAAAAGCUGACCAGCAUUGAAGAAGUGCCCCUCUGGAGGAACGUGUGCAACAUAAACGCCCUCGUCCUGCUGGCCGUCAACGUCUUCCUGUGGGGCUUCUUCGCCUGAGGAUUUUGGGGGGUGCGCCUUCGACCAGCCGUUCUAUUUAUUUCUUUGUAGGCCAACGCGUUUGCAUCUCCGGUAAAUGUGAGUGCAGAGUGGCUCCUCUCUUAUAGCCUUGUUGUGUGUGUAUAUAGCGCCUUUGAUGAGGUGCCCUGCUGGUAUCGUGCAGCGGGCACCUGCUCAGAAGAAAGCAGCUAUCAACUCUCUCUUCUCAGCCAUUAAGAAGAUAGUGUGGCUUUAUAUAGCGCCUUUCAAUGCGAGUGCUGAAUUGCAGGUUUCAUCCUCACCUCCGUUCCCCUCAUCAGCUCAGCUUUCAUCCACCCAUUCGUCUUCCAGGCCCAGGCAAAGGUUGGGCAGAGCCUUGCCAAUGGUGCUGUGACUGGCACCAGUUAGCCACAAGCCCUUACUGGGAUGAUUUAGUGCUAUCCAGUAGCCAAUCAAAGCCAUCUUUGGAAAGGCGGGCACGGGAAGAACACCGAAGAUCCACAGAGUGGUCCACCAUGGCGGCUGGCACAAGUCGCCUGCUAAGAUAUUCCAGCGUAAAGCCACCGCUCGUUGAUUCAAACUCCUGAGCGUCUUUCAUUCCGAGCACAGCCGUACAAACCAAUUCACGUGACGGCGACAUGAAGUGACUGUCACUGCUGUUAAAUAUAGCGCCUUGCAUACACCGCACGGUCACGCAGUACUGUGCUAGCUAACGUAAUGGACGCUAUCUAAGAAACAAAUCAGCCAACAUUUUAGUUUAAUCCUGCUUGUCACCCUGCAUUCAGUAUGGUGUCUUUCAUAACACGCACUGUCACCUUAGAAAGAGAACAACUUUAAAGUGCAAGAAUCGAAUAUUGGAGCGUGAGCCCCCCAUGAUCGUCCUCUAUUAAAAUAACUUGAUUUUAUUAGACUGACUUUCGUAGUCAUAAUGUGCCCUGCAACCUCACAGGACACUGCGCUACAGGUAAUAUUUGUCAAAAUGUCGCAGCAACAAUUCGGUUUGGCGCAUUUAAUAUAGUGCCUUGCAUUUAAAUCACAUUAGAGACUGAGAAAACCGCGGCGGGAAACGAUUCAAACGGAAUCGAGCGGCUCGGUGACGUCACUGCUCACGAAGCGCGCAGAUGGAGGAGCUCAAAAUCCCAAGAAUCAACGCGGCAAUUACAGGGCGGCCUAGCUGGAAACAGCUAAAUCCAUGCUGCCGCGUUGAUUCAUGGGACUUUGCGUUCUUCCAUCUGCGCGCAAGCUGAGCAGUGACUUUGCCACUCCGCCCAUUUCCUGACGAUUUGUAUAGAAACGGUGGCUUUGUUUCAAAGCUCCCACGUGAAAACGUACUAUCCGCCAUUAAAAGGGAGACGAUCGCGCCUGAUCCCCUGUGAGGCACCGAAGAAAACCUGCCGAGAUCCUGGUCAUCCUGUAUUGAAUUUAAAUAUAGUGCCUUUCACAACGUGCUCUGUCACAUUACAGUGGAACGUGCUACCCAACAGGUAACAUCAGUUCAGUAUUAGGGUCAUUUGUGCGAUUUAUGAUGGGGUGGUGAGAUAAAAUGCUUUACAACCAAAUUAACAUUAAAGACGCAACUGAGCAAUCUGUCAAGAGGUGUUAGGCUGAUCCUGCUGAUCAUCAUGUAUUCAAUAUAGCGCCUUUCACACGAUGCACUGCCACAUUAGAAUGCAAAUAGCUUUAAGAUUUGGGAAUCCAGCCAACAGAAAAAAACUGCCAAGGUCCUGAAGCGAAUGCCCACCUGUCAUUCUAUAUUGAAUUACCUUGAUUUAAUAUAGCGCCUUUCACAGUAUGCCCUGUCACCAGCUGCUUCACAAAACGAUUCAUUUCACAUUGCGGCGUGCUGCCCAACAUGUAAGAUCGGUCAAAAUCGGCUGUGUUCUGCAUCAUGUAUUCAAUAUAGUGCCUUUCAUACCAUGCCCUCUCAUUACAUUGAAAUCCAAAAAAACCUUACAACAGAGAAAUCACCUAUGAUAUUGUAGCUACUUAUCGUCCUAUAUUCAAAUGCCCGUAAGUUUAAUAUAGUGCCUUUCGUUAUGUGACAACUGAUAUGGAAAUGUGUUCAAUAUAGUGCCCUGUAGAACUGGCACUGACACAAAGUGCUUUACAACCAAAUUCACAAACAAGUAUAGAGAGACAAUAAAACAAACCAUCAAGAGAUGCCAGCCUGAUCCUGUUGUUCAUCGUGUAUUCAAGCAUAUUUCAUAUAGUGCCUUUCAGAAAUGCCAUCUUAAUCCAAAUAACAGUAAAGAACAAGGAGCUGUCUAUCAAGUCACAGCAGCCAAGCUCUACCACCUGCCAUCAUGCAUUCAUUUACAUUCAGUACAUUCACCUGCCAUAGUCCUGCCUGU